AAAUGGGAGGGCUUGUAGAGCAAGAAAGUGACACGUUGGUUGAAGGUAAGAAUGAAUUUGCCAAAUGUGAGUGCUUUUCUCUUCUCUUCUCUUCUCUUCUCUGGCGGUGGAUGGAUGGAUGGAUAUGUUCCACUUUGCUCUCUAUAUAUACAUAUAUGUGUGUGUAUGUAUAUGUAUAUGUAUCUCAGCUCCACGGUGUUUAUCAAUUACACACACUGACACACAAAUACACACAAAGUGAUCGGUGAGAAAAUGUCGAGCACUGAAGGUCAAGUUAUUCGCUGCAAAGCGGCGGUGUCAUGGGAGGCCGGGAAGCCUCUGGUGAUUGAAGAAGUGGAGGUGGCGCCGCCGCAGAAAAUGGAAGUUCGUGUGAAGAUCCUCUUCACCUCCCUCUGCCACACCGAUGUUUACUUCUGGGAAGCUAAGGGACAAACCCCUCUGUUUCCUCGUAUAUUCGGCCAUGAAGCUGGAGGAAUUGUGGAGAGUGUAGGAGAAGGUGUGACGGAUCUGAAACCGGGCGACCAUGUUCUUCCGGUGUUCACCGGAGAGUGCAAGGAGUGCCGCCACUGUAAAUCGUCGGAAAGCAACAUGUGCGAUCUCUUGAGAAUAAACACAGAGAGAGGUGCCAUGAUUGAAGAUGGCAAAACCAGGUUCUCUAAAGAUGGCAAACCAAUCCACCAUUUCUUGGGAACUUCGACUUUCAGCGAAUACACAGUCGUCCACGUUGGCUGUCUUGCCAAGAUCAAUCCAUCCGCCCCACUCGACAUUGUUUGUGUCCUCAGCUGUGGAAUAUCAACCGGACUUGGUGCCACUUUGAAUGUUGCGAAACCGACUAAGGGAUCGACUGUUGCCAUUUUCGGAUUGGGAGCUGUUGGGCUUGCUGCUGCGGAAGGGGCUCGAAUCUCAGGGGCGACGAGGAUUAUAGGGGUUGAUUUAAACCCGAGUCGUUUCAAUGAAGCAAAGAAAUUCGGUGUGACGGAGUUUGUGAAUCCAAAGAAUUAUGACAAGCCUGUUCAAGAGGUGAUUGCUGAGAUGACCGAUGGUGGAGUUGACCGUAGCAUCGAGUGCACGGGAAAUGUUAAUGCAAUGAUAUCGGCAUUCGAAUGUGUUCAUGAUGGUUGGGGAGUGGCGGUGCUUGUGGGAGUGCCGAACAAGGACGAUGCAUUCAAGACUCAUCCGGUAAAUUUGCUGAACGAGAGGACUCUCAAAGGAACAUUUUUCGGCAAUUACAAGCCGAGGAGCGAUAUCCCAAAUGUCGUCGAAAAGUAUAUGAACAAGGAGCUGGAGCUGGAUCCCAUUCUCGGAGAUAAACAAAGCUUUUGAUUACAUGCUCAAAGGGGAGUCUCUUCGUUGCAUUAUCACCAUGGAUAAUAAUAAUAAUAAUAAUUAACUCAUCAAGGAAGGAACACUUUGUUAAUUAAUUAAUUAAUCAUGUAUGUUAGCCCUAAUAGUAAUUUGAUCUAGUAUUUUAAUAAUAGUUCGAAUUUUCAUGUUGUUGUUCAAUUAUAAUUACUACUUACCUAUUUUGUUAUAUGAUUAAUUAUUUUUCAAGCAGAGCUGAAGAGUAGGGUACAUUGGAUUUUUUGUUUAUUUUUCUAUUCUUAAUUAUUAAUAUAUGAAUCAUCCAAUA